AGGGUUGGCGGUCAUUAAUCACUCAAAGGUUCAGCGGUAACGCGAUCUUGGGGUACACGGGGUUUGUUACACGAGUCACCCAGAAAUGACUCGUGAAUCUGUUGCGCGUUAGAAAGCAGCGGACCAGCUAACUGGGAGCCGAGCUAGCUCGUGUUAGCUUAGCACGAGCUGCCGCAUUUAACACCGGUGACAUCAGUUUAUUGGACUGUGUUCUUCUUUGUGGUGCAAAUGGAUGAGAGAGUGGAUACUAACUCACACAUAUGAACUUCUAGAUACGACCCUGUUAUUAAAUAACGUUGUUGUCGCUGACAAAGAGCCUCUCGACCUCAUCUUUAAGUCCCUUAAUAAGUAGCUAACCGAUACAUCCUUGCGGAAGUGUGCUAACAGCCGUCAGCUAGCAGAGUCCCGCUGUAGUGUUUCUGUUCUGGAAGGUGGUGUUCGUGCCGUGAGCAACCCCGUGAUGGUAGACUGCGUUACACCACUAGCUACUGUGUGUAAUACAAGCCGAUGUAGUGGUACGGUGGGAGCCAUCGUCACCUGCCCCCUGGAAGUGUUGAAAACACGGUUGCAGUCUUCUGGCCUCGCCCUUCGACCCGUCUUCCAGGUCCAGCUGGGGACCCUAAACGGAACUGGAGUUAUUCGACCGGGUACAGUAACUCCAGGGCUGCUUCAGGUCUUACGGUCAAUACUAGAAAAAGAGGGACCAAGAUCACUGUUCCGUGGUCUGGGGCCAAAUCUUGUUGGUGUGGCUCCCUCAAGAGCCAUUUACUUUGCCGCAUAUUCAAAAUCUAAAGAGACGUUCAAUGGGGUGUUUGUCCCUAAUAGUGGAGUGGUGCACAUGUCCUCUGCUGGUCUUGCAGCUUUCAUUACAAACUCUCUGAUGAACCCCAUCUGGAUGGUUAAGACCAGAAUGCAGUUGGAGAAAAGAGCCCGAGGAGAGAAGAAGAUGAAUGCACUGCAGUGUGCCCGAUAUGUUUACAAAACGGAAGGAAUUCGGGGCUUCUACCGAGGCCUGACUGCAUCUUAUGCUGGCAUCUCGGAGACCAUGAUCUGCUUCCUCAUCUAUGAGACACUGAAGAAACACCUCGCCAAGAGCCAAUUCGCCUCUUCAAAUGGUGAAAAGGAGAAAGGAGCAUCAGACUUCCUGGGUCUGAUGAUGGCAGCAGCUUUUUCAAAGGGUUGUGCAUCCUGCAUAGCCUAUCCACACGAGGUAAUUCGGACAAGGCUGCGUGAGGAAGGCAGCAAGUACAAGUAUUUCUUCCAGACAGGGAGGUUAAUAGCGGUGGAGGAAGGCUAUGCAGCUUUUUAUAGAGGACUCAUUCCACAGCUAAUUAGACAAAUCCCUAACACAGCCAUCGUCCUCUCCACGUAUGAACUCAUUGUCCAUCUUCUUGGAGAAUCAAAGUGAAAGAAAUGCUGGAAAGUUGGGAUCCUGACAAACGAUGGAUGCCACACAGAACCCAAAACAUGCUGGGCAAAAGACUUUUGAAAAUUGAGUACAUACAUUUUGUUUAAUGUGGUGCUACAGAGACUUUUCUGGUGGAACUGAAGCAGGUUGUACUGUUAUCCAAAGAGCUAAACAUAUUUUAUUGAAAGCUUGUUAGGAGUUUCUCAAAACAAGUCGUGGUACUUAAAUUAAAACUCCAAACCUGUGAAAAAGGUCAUCUUCGUAGAGGACUAGUGUUAAGUUAACUAAAUUAUUGUAUAUUUUGUUCUUAUGACAUUGUUUGUUCCCUUUUAUCAGUGGUAAAUGUACCAACAUGCAUGGUUGCGCAGGUUGACUCUUUUGGUAAUUCAGAUGAAGUGCUAGUAUUAGUGCUGUUCCUUGAACUGUAAUGACCACAAACCACUUUUGAGUUUUUUUGUUUCACAAAUUCACUGGUUUUGAAGUUUGAUUUACAGAUAAAUGUAUCAUAUUUUUCAUAUAUAUAUUAAUUAUCCAAUUAUAUGCAGGCUUAUCUGUAUGUUUUCUUUGUGGGGAAAAAGAUAGUCACCUUUUUACAUAAUAUAAUGAGAACUUGAAUGCCUAUUUGACCAAUGGCUCAAUAAAAUGCAUCAAGAAACUAUAUUUUGGUGAUUCACCCAAAUACUGAAGAAAUUAUUCUGUUAAUACCAAAAUCUGCCAUUACUGUGAUGAAAGGGAAGAGCAGAUUUGUACUGUAAAGAUGCAAAAUCAGGAUAUUUAAAGGACUAGUUGGCUGGUUCUGUUCUGAAGUCCAAUGAUCCAUUGAAUUUAUUUAAGAAUUUCAGUUUGACUGCUGAGAAAUAAUGUCUCUCUAAGGGAUUCAUCCCACUUUCAACACCAUUUUACAUUUCUCCAACCUAAAACGUGCAGUUAACUCCUGGUUUGACUGAACAUCAAGAUGCGUUUUCUGUUCACCUUUGUCCAGUUAAUGUGGGUUGCUGAGGUUGUUGUCUUUUUUCAGUAAUGCCUCAUACAGUCACAUAUGCCUAUAAAAAUAUUCACCCCCUUUUUA